GACGUGGUCAUGUACGCAGUCGCUGCUGCAGCAUCAGUCAACGCGAGCCGUCCAACGUUGUGGAAGUGCAUGUGGCAGAGUUGGUCCGGGCAUCCCCAGGUGCAGAUGGCUUUCUGCUUCCUAGCUGCAAGGCCUGGAUACUGCCGAUGUGCGGCCGCACAAGCAUGGGGAG